GCCGCUCACGUCCGUCGGUGUGGGUCGCUCGCGUCCUUUCAAUUUGCUUACUUGCUCCUCCGCUUUGCGUCCGACAGUGGUGUCUCGUCCCGCGCGUUUCGUGAAGUGCAAGAGUCGGCCAGUCAGCACGGACAACUCCUCAGACAGUGAUUGGUGGUACUCGUUGCGCGUUGUCGGCGGGCCGUGCUCGCCGAUGCCCGGCCGUCGAGUGUGGUGGGUGCGCGAGGCCUCAGCAGCUGUAGCCCUGUGAUCACGUGCUCGGUCAGUGCAUGCCCGCAACAGUGGCUCGGCGCGGUCCCGACCAGGAAGCUGCCGCCGAACUCGAGGACGUCGUCGUCGCCAAGCAGCCCGAGAAUGGCACUGCUCAGAUGACGUCACCGCCGGCCGCCCCCUCCUCGUCCGCCUCCUCGGUGGCGGUCGCAGUGGUGCAGGAGGCGGCCAGUCCGGCCAACAGCAAGGCGGCCAACCCGAGUGAAGGGACGGUAGUGACGCAGCAGCCGUGCAGUUCGGCCGCCGGCGCACAGAGCCCGACGGCCGAGUCGGUGGCCAGCGGCAGCAAAAAGUCCUCCUCGCACCACCACCGACAUCACCACCACCACCAACAGUCGCUGGCCCAGUGGCUGGUCAAGCGAAUUUCAAACUUGAGGAUUUUCCAGCCUAAGAAGGAUUUGGAUCUGGAAGAGUACGAGGUGCAGCCGCCCCGCUACAAGCCUGACAGACUGGACAAGCUGAGCAAAUCGACCGGCUUCACGAAAAAGGAGAUCCAGUUUGUGUACAGAGGCUUCAAGCAAGAGUGUCCGACAGGAAUGAUCACUGAGGAGACCUUCAAAAGUAUCUACGCCAAGUUCUUCCCCCUUGGAGAUUCCAGCCAAUACGCGCAUUAUGUAUUCAGUACCCUGGACCGUGAGAAAUGUGGUACUAUCACAUUUGGUGAUUUCAUGCUCGGUCUGUCUGUGUUAGUCAAAGGUUCAUUGCAGGAACGACUGCGAUGGGCAUUCAGUUUGUACGACGUAAACAACGAUGGCUGCAUCACCCGCGAGGAAAUGACGACGGUGAUCACGGCCAUUUACGACUUGAUGGGCGCCUCUCACUCGGAGCCUGGUGUGCUGCCCGACGAGGCGUCCAAGGAUCACGUGGAAAGAAUAUUUCAGAAAUUGGACUUAAAUAACGACGGAGUCAUCACGGUUGAUGAAUUCAUCGACUAUUGCUCAAUGAAUGAAGACAUCCGUAGCUCGUUUGCAGUGUUUGAUGAUUUGUGGUAGAAGUGCGUUGCGUCUCGACUGCUUUUCCGUUUUGAAAGAGUUCAGCAGUGCUUGUGUCUACAUAUGUGAAAGACAAACGCACGACAGAGACUACUCUUUGUCAGCAUCCUUUCGGCUGUACGUACCGCAUUACACGUAGUGAGAGAAGAUCUAUCUCUACUCAAGGUGCUCCGUCAAGACCUUUCCUCAACUUUUUUUUACCAAGCGUGCAGGGCGAGACUUGCAUAAUUUGUUUUUUAAUGGAAAAGAAUUUCUAAAGAAACUUGGUUUUUAUAUAAUUUAAAACCCUGUGCUGAGAAAAGUCGUUGGGUUUUAUAUUCCGAUGAAAAAGUAUUGCGCAUUUUACAAGUAUAUGCAUAGCAGAGUUGAUUCCAGUUGACAUAUUCAUAGACUUGAAUUGAAAUGAGUUUGCAGCAGAACUUCAACCUGCUCUGCGAGCUGCGCUUUAUGUUUGGAUUAAAGUGGAUCUUGUGCAAUAUUUCUCUUUUUAAUGAUUUUGAAAUAAAUAUGUUUUAUUUCAAUUUGAAGGAAAAAACAGAAAUUACAUUUUUAAAAGAACUAUAAAUCUCAAAUAGAAUGAUUUUGUUUUCUUCGUUUUAUAAAACUAUUUUUUGAAAAUAAAAUAAACACAAAAUAAAAUGCAAGUCCGUUCUAGUCGCGUUGAUAGAAAAGCUAAUAUUGUUAUGUUCCAUUUUUUUCUUGACAAUCGAGAGGGGUCUACCUUUGACUUUAAUUUGCCAGUGCAUUUUUGGGGAAAUAAUAUACAAACUACAAUACAUUCCGUAUGCUUUCACUCUGCUCUCGAUCGUUGAUUAUUUAUAAUGCAUAAUGUAAACAAUAAAAAAGCUUUGCGAAUUUUGAUAAGAACGUGAUAUGAAUUGACUCCCCUGGUGGAGUGCGCGUUUUUUAGGGGGGUUUCAUGAAAAAUACUCACUAUGAGAGAAAGUAUAAAUAAAAAUGCUUUAAUGUGUCUGGCGUUAGUGGAAAUAAUUCUCGAUCUGUAGGAGAUUUUCGCUUGUCGAUUGAACUUUUAAAAAUGUCGAAAUUUGCUCUCUAGCACACACACAACCUCACUUAAAUUGCUCUCUACGGCUAUUGAAAACCUUUAACCUCUGCAUGUUCAUGACUAUAAAAAUUUAACCUUGUAAUUUUCUCUCUUGUCAUCUUCGUGUUUCUAUGAUAGACAAAACAAACCAAAAAUACCUACCGCGAGAGGAAUGAAAGAGGAUCUUUGAAAUUCUCCUCAAUUUUUUCCGACGAGAUCGACGAAUUUCCGCAAUCAUAUCGCAGUAAAUAAAAUCUUCUCCUAAAGAGAUAAUCAAUCAAUCUACUUUCACAUCUGGCUAAAUAAUACAAAUAAUAUAUAUCCUGAGCUUUAAAGUGAAAAACCGAAACCGCGCUUCGAAACGAUUUUGAGAAAGAUUUCGUAACACCAAUCUUAAGAAAAAUAAAUUUCACACGCUGGUACUUUUUACUCCAGAAAGUCCAAAAUAAGGCAGGACAAAGCAGGAAUUUCGAAACUUCCUAAAUCUAAUCAUUGAAUUAAAAUGCAUUUUGAUCAGGACGAGAAUAAAUUUAAUCCUGAUUGGAAGAAGUGAUCAAUCGCGAGAGUGUCCAACUUGUUAAACUCCCUUUCGUGUGUGUUUAAAAAAAAGAAAUGUGUUUGUAAAAAAAAGAAGCUUACGUGUAGCCUCUCUCCGGAUCGACCUACUCUCACGGACACGCGGCGAGUAUUAUUGAAACUCUUAGGGCUUAAUUAUAGGAUUGUAAGAUUACGAUUCGUUAUGUAUUAAUAUAAGUAUAUAUACACUAGCUAUUUUCAACAUGGGUCUAGCGUUAAGGCAAAAUAAUUGAGAAGAAGCUUCAGACACGAAGAUUUUAAAGCUGUACCUACAGAAAAUACACUGUUAUAUAAUUGCGUCAAACGAUUUUGUAGACAAAAUCAAAAGUACAUAUCCCUCCCAUUUACGUUUUUCCUUCUGCUCUGUCCAGAGUUUAUAAAUGAAAAAGUCGUUAUGGAAUCUAUAUAUUUAAUUGAUUAUUGAAUGUUGCCAGUUUCCUCUCCUUUGCUCUAUUCAUAUGAAAGUGUGAAAAACGUAUAAUCAAAUUGUAAUAUUUUCAUGUCACGUUUUCAGUUUGACGUGUAAAUAAAUCAUGAAAAAAAAACUUUCAGGAAGAAAGAAUGGAAAUAAAUUAAUGAAAAAAAAGAUUGAGCACUCUCUGUCAUCGCGUGCUGUAAAUUAAUUCGCGAUCGUUGUUGUGCCACUGAUUAAUAAAUUUGAAGUGUUACGAGGAAAAAUCAACAAACUACACGCAGAUUUGAACAGAAAAAAAUGUACAUUUGACGAGGAAUAAAACCGA